UCUCUCCUCUCGCUCUGGUUUUCUAAUACACAAAUUGACACUGUUUUACAUAUAUAGUUUCAUAUUCUUGCGAAUGGAUACACGAAUGAUGUUCCAUUAGUUUCUUUGACAAUCCAUGAGAUUAGCAUGGCUAUUCUACUAGCAACUUGUUCAAUGAGAAUCACUUGGUAGAUUUUUAGAUAACACAUUAUCAUGUUCACAAUGAAAACUCUAUGGUUCUUAGGGAGUAGUAACAUUGCUUUUAUAUGUCAAAAUAACUGAGAUAAUAUGCCUCGUCUUAGACUCCCAUUAAACCUAGUUUAGUAGGGAGGGCAUUGGAGCAGAAUGUGAUGUUCUUUACUUUUAAUUGCUCUCUCACCCUCGGUUAUGUAAACUUUUAUGUUUAUUAUAUUUGUUGUUCAGAUUCUUAUUUCUUACUUUUGUUCCUUUCCCACUCUGUUCUGUGUGCAUUGUUCUCCAACAAAUAGUUAAACAAUUAACUGGCCUCUAUUUUUCCGGGCAACUCUUGGCAUCUAAGUAUGGAGAAAUUCUGACAUUCAUUUCCCCAUAGAUGUUUUUUUUUUCUUUGAUUGCCCUUUUGAGCAUUGCUAUCUUCUUGAUUUUUAGUUGAGAGUUCUCUCUUGGCUGUCUCUGUUACUUUUGUUGCAAUGUUACAAUGAUCCCUAGAUUAAAUCAACCAUAUCACUACUCCUUAGUCCACACCCCAUGGAACAGUUUCAAUCAAAAUUCUUUCUCUGCUAUUCCAAUUGGCCUCUCAUAUUGUUUCCACCUUACCAUAUUUGCAAUCUCUCUUCAAUACUUCUGGCGUAUGUGCUUCCUUCACAGUUCCCCUGCGAGUUUGCUUUUUCUAGAUGAAAAAAAUGCCUGGGACAGGACAUAAAGAUGUAUUGGUCAAAAUUCCAGAGUCACCAGAGGGGAACAGUGAGCCUGAGAAACCUACAGAUUCUGAUGAGCAAGUAGACUUUGACGGGGAAAAUGAUCAAGAGGAGACAAUGGAGGAAGAAGAAGUUGAGUAUGAAGAGGUAGAGGAGGAGGAAGAAGUAGAAGUGGAAGAAGAAGAAGAGGAGGUGGAGGAGGAGGAAGGGGAGGAGGAAGAAGUAGAAGAGACUAAGCCUUCAGAUGUUAAAGAUGAGACAGGAGUGACAGACACUGAAGAUGAGAAAAAGAAACAUGCUGAGCUUCUUGCACUUCCACCUCAUGGGUCCGAGGUUUACAUUGGGGGCAUUCCUCAAAAAGUUUCUGAAGAAGAUUUGAGCGUAUUUUGUCAAUCUGUGGGAGAAGUUUCAGCGGUUAGGAUAAUGAAGGGCAAAGAAUCAGGUGAAGCAAAAGGAUACGCUUUUGUGACCUUCAAGACAAAGGAAUUGGCAUCUAAGGCUAUUAAGGAGCUGAACAACACUGAACUUAAGGGAAAAAAAAUAAAGUGCUCAACAUCUCAAGCUAAGCACAGGUUGUUCAUUGGUAAUGUUCCCAGAAAUUGGACUGAAGAAAAUAUGAACAAAGUUGUUUCAGAGAUUGGCCCUGGAGUCAUUUCUGUGGAACUAUUGAAGGACCCACAGGUUUCUGGCCGUAACCGGGGAUUUGCUUUUAUUGAGUAUUACAACAAUGCUUGUGCAGAAUAUUCAAGGCAGAAAAUGUCAAACUCAGACUUUAAACUUGGCAGUAAUGCUCCAACAGUUAGCUGGGCCGAUCCAAGGAAUUAUGAAUCAUCUGCAAACUCUCAGGUAAAAGCAUUGUAUGUAAAGAACCUUCCAGGAAACAUUACUCAGGAUCGUCUUAAGGAGCUGUUUGAACAUCAUGGAAAAAUCACAAAAGUGGUUGUCCCUUCUGCUAAAGCUGGCCAAGAAAAGAGCAGAUAUGGUUUUGUUCACUUUGCUGAAAGAUCAAGUGCCAUGAAGGCAUUGAAGAACACAGAGAAAUAUGAAAUUGAUGGACAAACAUUGGAGUGUUCAUUAGCAAAGCCACAAGCAGAUCAGAAGUCAUCUGGGGCAGCUAAUCAACAGAAGUCAGCUAUACUUCCCACUUAUCCACCUCAUCUUGGUUAUGGUAUGGUUGGUGGUGCAAUAGGUGCAGGAUAUGGUGCUGCUGGCUUUGCGCAACCACUAAUGUAUGGUCCUGGACCAACCCCUCCUGGUAUGACAAUGAUGCCGAUGCUUUUACCUGAUGGAAGGAUUGGAUAUGUAUUACAACAACCAGGGUUUCAACAGCAUGCCCCGGUGCUGGAAUCCCAACAUAGGAGGAGGGGCAGCGGUAGUUCAAGUGGUGGGAAACGUAGUAAUGAUAAUAACAGCAAUAGUGGGCGUGGCCGAUAUCAUCCCUACUAAAUGGGCUUUAAGGAGCUAGGAAAUUGAGAUGCACCCGAGGCUUUAAUUGUUGUGAAUGGAGUUGUUACAAUUUUUGUACCAGUACUACAUAUUUGUAAAGGCAUUUACGUAUAAUUUUAUCUCUUUUUUACACUUUUUGGUUCUCAAAUUCCUAAAUAGGCAACAGUGAUCUGAAAAACAUGACAAAUGUUACUAGAUUCCCGAAAGUUUAUGAAUAUGCCUUGUGAUCUCUCUCUCAUACA